GCUGAGGCUGCAGUAUCAGCAGAAGAGAUGCUGACAGGUAAACAGAAGAUGGAGAGAAAGAUGUCAGAAGUUAAGGAAGAGUUGGAAAGAGAGAAGAGUAUUCGCAGCAGUCUUGAAGAGUCCCACAAUACCUUACUAGGACGAGUGCGGGAGAUGGAAAAUAUGGUCGAAUCUGAACGGAAGGAGGUGAAAUCUUUAACAACUGACUGUACAAAUCUACGCAACGAUGCCCUACGAGUCCGAGAAGAAUUACGCCAGGAACAGAAUCGAGCAGAUAUGGCUGAAACUGGAUUUGUUCAGACUAUGGAGGAACUAGAGCGUUUGAAAAAGUCUCAUAGUUCAGCGGAAUCUGACCGACAGUUACUGGUGACAGAGUUGAGUCGACUACGGACUCAAUAUGAAGAUCUCAUCAAGCAACUGGAACAGACACAAGUUAUCGUUGACCAACAAAAG